AAGGGACGGCUGCCCCGGAGGGAGGCGGCGCGGCUCGCGCUCCAGCAUGGCGGCGGCGGUGCGAGCUGCGGGCCGCCUGCCUGCGCUGGGCGGCGUGUCGACGGGUCGUUUAUGGUGCAGGCAGCUUUCCCUGAACACCUUUCCAACAGCUUCUGUUUUGGCGCUGAAGACCACUCUCAGCAAUGGCCCUUUGUCACUGUGGGGAACCAGAGACAGCCGACACUUCACCAGCUUGAGCCAUGCGCUGCAGACACAGUGCUGUAUCUCUCCUCCCAGCAGCUGGUCAGGCCAGCAGUACAGACCCUACAGCUUCUUCACUAAAUUGACAGCAGAUGAGCUCUGGAAAGGUGCUUUAGCAGAGACUGGUGCUGGGGCAAGAAAAGGAAGAGGCAAAAGAAGCAAAAAAAAGAGAAGGAAGGAUCUGAACAGGGGUCAGGUCAUUGGUGAAGGGCGCUACGGCUUCCUGUGGCCGGGUCUGAAUGCCCCUCUCAUGAGAAAUGGAGCCGUGCAGACUAUUGCCCAGAGGAGCAAGGAGGAGCAGGAGCAGGUGGCGGCUGACAUGCUCCAGCAGAGGGAAGAGUGGGACCGGAAGCGGAAGAUGAAAGUGAAGCGGGAGCGAGGCUGGAGCGGGAACACGUGGGGUGGCCUCAGUCUCGGCCCCCCGGACCCUGGUCCCAAUGGAGAGACCUAUGAGGACUUUGAUACCAGGAUACUCGAGGUAAGAAAUGUUUUUAAUAUGACAGCCAAAGAGGGGAGGAAGAGAUCGGUCCGUGUCCUGGUGGCUGUGGGGAAUGGGCAGGGAGCUGCAGGUUUUGCCAUUGGGAAGGCCACUGAGCGGGUGGACGCUUUCAGGAAAGCAAAGAACAAAGCCAUCCACUAUUUGCAUUACAUAGAGCGGUAUGAAGACCAUACAAUAUUCCAUGACAUCUCGUUGAGAUAUAAGAGGACGCACAUCAAGAUGAAGAAACAGCCCAGAGGAUACGGCCUCCGCUGCCACAGGGCCAUCAUUACCAUCUGCCGGCUCAUUGGCAUCAAGGACAUGUAUGCCAAGGUCUCUGGGUCCGUCAACAUGCUCAACCUCACCCGGGGCCUCUUCCAUGGGCUCUCCCGCCAGGAAACCCACCAACAGCUGGCCGACAAGAAGGGUCUCCAUGUGGUGGAAUUCCGGGAGGAAUGUGGCCCCCUGCCCAUUGUGGUUGCCUCCCCCCGGGGGGCCUUGAGGAAGGAUCCUGAGCCAGAAGAGGAGGUUCCUGACAUCAGGCUGGACUGGGAAGAGGUGAAGGCUGCACAGGGAAUGAAGCGCUCUAUUUGGUCAGGUCUCAAGAGGGCCGCCACCUAAUCUUCUCGCCACUGACCUUCCUGCCACCUGGCCCCCCCACUGCAACACCGUGCCUGCUGCCCUAGGCACCUGGGGACUCCCCCCUCACAUCUUGCCAUGUCACCUCUUUUUUUUUUUUUUGAGGAAAUUUCAACAUUCUUUAUUUACAAAUAAAUAAUUCUAGUUUUGAUUUAUUGAUCACAUGAUCUGUGCUAGGCAGUGUGACAGGGACGUUACACACAGACCUUGUUCAAGACUACUUUAAAUACUUGCUAAAACCAACAAAAGUAAAUGGAGCAGGGAGACAGGAAAAGACCCACCCAGGGGUAAUGUGCACAGGGACGUGAAGGGCUGCGGUGGCUGUGCCCGACGCCCACUCGUGCUGGUCCAUCUCUGGGAGGUGACCUCCCGCCCUGUCCCCCACAGCUGCACCCACCUCCAGCAGGGCCCAGGCUGCCCUGGUGGCAGGAAGUGCCUCGUUGUUCCGACUUGCACGUCAAGUGCCAGCAGCGGGAACCUCUUGUCACAUGCUUGACACCACUUGUGUGGUGUCUGGAGAAAUGUCUCUUCACCUCUUUUUGCCCAUUUGAAAAAUUGGGUUCUUUGUGUUUUUAUCAUUGAGUUGUAACAACACUUUAGUAUUGUGGACACAGGCCCCUGUAAGGGGUGUGACCCAUCAUGUUCCUCCUCCGUGGGGUGGAUCAUCAUUUCCUGUUUCUUUGAAUACUUUCUCUGUCCCCGUCCUCCUCCCAUCCACUGCCGACACAGGUAGGCCCUUGUCACAGUCCCCCAGCCCGGCGCUUUCUCUGAUUCAGAUUGGGUGGUUCCCAUUACUGUCCAGGAUUAGUUCCUCUUUCCUCUCUCUUCUGCUCUCAGACCAUCCACCCAGUAUUUUUAUUUUGGCUGUUGUAUGUUCCAGUUCUAAAUUUCCAUUUGAUUCUUCCUGAUAUCUUCUAUUUCUUUGCCGAGACUUUCCAGUUUUUUGCUGUUUGGUGUUGUUUGUGAUUUGCGCUGAAGCAUUUCCACGAUGGCUGUUCUGAAUCCUUGUCAUGUAGCUCCAACAUCUGUGUCACCUCAGUGUUGGUUUCCGUUGUCCCCUGGGUAGAGGUGCACUUUCUGGGUUUUGGCAUAAUCAGUAGUGGUAUCUCACACAUUUUCAUUACUGUGUUCUAAAACCCUGGGGUUGAUGUGGCUUUCCCAGUAGCCUCCUCUGCCACCCUGGUAGUGGAAUGGUCACCUUGGGAACGUGACCAUGACCACCAGCUGCAGAGGAUGUGCAGGCCCUGCUGGAGUUUCCCCCAGGCCUCUGACUGCACCUGCAGGACCGGGAGAGAGCCACCCUGGCCUGGCGCUGCUGAGUUCUUCUGUGGCUUCAUGGGGUGUGGGCAAGGCUGCGUUUGUUUUUCUUGCAAUAUUUGACUGGAUGGAGGCAGUUAUUGAUUGAAAGUUUCUGUCUUGUUGGGUCACCCUCCCUCCAGUAUCUAAUAAAAAGAUAUUUUAGAUGUG